GCCUGGGCGCCGCCGGCUGCGGCUCCCCCGCCGGACGGAGCGGGGCUCUUUCUGUGGCAAGGAGCGAGCGAGCGCCGACGCCUCCGGGGAGCAGCCGAAAAGGGCGGGCGGGGAUGGCGGCGGCGAGCGCUCGGUGCAGGAUGCAGCAGGCGGGGCGGCGCUGAGCCCGGCCGCUCGUCCCUCUGGCUGCAGGCGCGGCCCCGGCCCGGCCCCGCCAUGGCCGCCCACCUGGAGCCCUUGCCGGCCGCGGAGCUGGAGGCGGAGGAGGACGAGGAGCAGUGGCUCUACGGAGAUGACAAUGGAAAGGCAGAAGAUGGACCAAUAUCUGGACACAACGAAUCUCAUCCAUUGCAAGACAUUCCUAAGGAGACCAGGAUUGUUAUCAGUGAAGACCAAGAACUGUUGCAGCAGCUCAUCCCAAGUGGGGAAGAUGAGGAGGAGGAGAGCGACAGUGAUGAUGAUGACAUUCGAGUCACGAUUGGCAAUAUCAAGACUGGAGCCCCACCUUAUAUGGGGACUCCAAUGAACCUGAAUCUAAAAACGGGUCGAGGCUACGGAGCACCAGCCUCAGCCAAGUCGCAGCCUAAAGGUAUUGAUUUAGAGGCUUCGGGGAAUGUUAACGGCUUGCCAGUAAUCGAGGUGGAUUUAGAAUCGUUUGAAGACAAACCAUGGAGGAAACCAGGGGCCGACCUUUCCGAUUAUUUCAACUAUGGGUUCAACGAGGAAACAUGGAAAGCCUAUUGUGAAAAGCAGCGCCGGCUUCAGCUUGGCCUGGAGCCUUCGGUCCCCAUCUGCACCGAGAACAAGAUCACGGUUCAACAAGGAAGAAUCGGCAAUGCCGAGAAGGAACCUGAGAACAACAUCAUCAAGAUGGAUUUUAAAACUGAUUUUGUUGCCCUCGUUGGUGGAAGGAUAAAAGCCGGACCUCCUCCAAACAGGAAACUGGGCGGGACAAUCGACGUGAUUGGCGGACAGGCUGGCACCAUCCGGAGGGUGGAAGGAAGGCGGCGUGAUAAACAUGCCUCUGAAGAAAAUCCCAUUCAGGUGCUUGGAGACCAUGGGAGCAAAACUCAGCCUGCUCAGCCCCCUCAGCAACAGCCAUUUGUGCCCCCGGCAGGCCCACCUCCAGCACUAAGUGGGCCUCCGCCCCACUUUCUCCAUCCUCCCCCGCCACAAGUUGCCUCUGUCCCACCGCCUCUCCAUCCUCCAGGGCUGUUUCCUCCUCCUCCUCUGGCUCCUCCACCCGCUCUCUUGAUUCCAACCCUGGAUGGCCAGCCUGCCAGCUACAGCAACCGGCAGCCACCUCCCUUCAGCUACAACUCCACAGAUCCAGGUUUCAUCACCUACCCGCCCAUUUCAACGUCCCACACUCCCUGGGUGACCACAGUGGACAAGGCCUCCAGUGCUUCAGACAGCAGCCACUGGGAAUACGCAGGCUCAAGGAGAGAGAGGGACCGAGAGCGCGACCAGACACCCACCACAAGUGAAUACAGCAAUGACGAUGACAGGUACCGUUAUUAUAGCCGGGAACGCAGUUACGAUUUUGAGCAUGACUACCGCAGGAGUAGAGAUCGCAGUCGUGAGCGAGAAGAUCGUCACCGGGAAAGGAGGCACAGAGAGAAAGAAGAGAGCAGCAAACAUAAAUCAUCACGGCGCAAGCAGCAUGAGAGUGAAGAAGGGGAAAGCCACCGUCGACACAAGCACAAAAAGAACAAGCGCAACAAAGAGGAGAAGGAAGCAAGUGAAGAUGGACUUGCAGAAGAAAAUGAACAGGACACCAAGGAGUAGCGAACCUGGACUCUGCCAGCCAAGGGUGGUGGCGCCUCUCCAGCCAAUGUUUCCAUUUGGGGUGAUCUUCUUCAUGGGAGAAUGCCUGAGACGACAGAGGUGCCCAAACAUGAACACAGGUUGAGUUGCCAACAUGGAAAGCCCAACUGCAGGACUUUGAGGAGAGGACCUAAUUCGCCACCCCGCUGGCCUUGAGGGGUUCUCUAUGCAGACCAGCCCCAUCGUGUCAGAUCCUAUGGCUUCUGAUGGGAGUCCGCUUCAGCCUUGAGAGGCUAGGACAAAUAUUGGGCAAUGAUUACAGUUUCCUUUUUUAAAAAGAAGCAGGACAGCCACUACGUGGAACUGUUUUGGUACAAGAAGAAACAAGUAUUGGGUCAUCCUCCAAGCCAGGCAAUCUGGCUCCUAUAAGCUUGUCCCAUUUCUCCUUUGCCCCUUAAUUGUAGCUUUGAACUUUGGACUUCAUUCAAGGCAAGCUUGGUGGGAAACCACAAUUCAGCCCCUGGAAGAGUUCUGCCCCAUGGAAUGUCCAUUUCUCCCUAGGCCUCUGGAGUCUUCCAGAUCAGAGAGUUGUACUAGGACCAGGUCGAGUGGGCUUUGUGGUGAAUUUCAACAGGGCCACUUUUUCAAAGUUGGCCUUAAGUAGUUUGACACAAGCUACUUACUGAUCAAGAGCCUCUUUUUUUACCUAAGCCAAGUUAAAAAUUGGCAAUUUAUCUCUAAGUCUCAGAGUCACUUUUCACAACUCUUAAAACACUAAAUGUAGAGACAUAGGAUUUGUGGUUUCCUUUGGAAAAGAAUACGCCAGAUUCUCUUAAGGCCAUUGCUCUUUUGCGCACAUCCAUCCUUGCAUUACCUUCCACCCAUUGGAAACGUUUAAAAACACUUCCAAAAAAUCAUUUCAAAUUUAUACUUUUUUUGUAUUGUAGUUAUGCAAAUUUGAGUGUUUAUAUGAAACUAACAACCUUGGACACGUGAGCCAGUAUACCCAUUGUAUUUUGAUUUGUAUGCUAUGAUGGUGCAGUGAAUGGAUCAAGAACAGAAAAUACGUAGGAAAGGAAACUUUUUGGGGGCGGGGGGGGGACGGGAUUAGUUUUUGUGUGGUCAUGGCAUCUAGGACUCGGUGAAAGCAGCACUUAAUACUAAAUUUUACACUGCAAACUGAAUUCAUAGAAGCUUUCUUGCUGUUUUGUUUGUCAUAUGGAAGUGGUGUGUUCUUAAGUUUCUGAUGAUACAGACUAACAGUCUCUUCAGAACAAAAUAUGACCCACAAGUUCAUAUUUCACUUUCUAGACCAAUGUUUUUCAACCAUGGCAACUUGAAGAUCAACCAGAAUAGAAUAGAGCUGGAAGGACCUUUGAGGUCUUC